CGGCUAUUUCAAUAGUCAGGCGCUUAAGGGCUGGCUUGAUUUAUAAUGUUAGUGUCAAUUUGUUUGCUACUGGACCUUAGAGACGUCCAGUUAAAAAGUAGUCAGGAUGGUGUCAGGCCUUCCUCAAAUGGGACUUCUUGGUGCGGUGGAUGAAGAUGAACAAGCACCUCGUGGAAAUAUUUUAAAACUUUGGGGAACCCACAAACUAUGAAUUUGAACACAAUGAUUUAUACGAACAUUGCUCAGUCCCCAUACUUCAAAGCCAACUUGGUCGAGCUGAAAACGUACCAUGAAGUUAUCGAUGAAAUAUAUUACAAGGUUGAACAUUUAGAACCAUGGGAACGUGGGAGUCGACGUAUAGGGGGUCAAACAGGUAUGUGUGGUGGGGUACGUGGAGUGGGUGCUGGUGGUAUCGUGUCAACGGCUUAUUGUCUUUUGUAUAAACUUUUCACUUUAAAGCUUACAAGAAAACAACUCAAAGGCCUCCUCGAUCACCCAGAUUCUCCAUACAUACGUGCGCUGGGCUUCAUGUACAUAAGAUAUUGCAUUCCCCCUGAGGACUUUUGGUGGUGGUACUCACCUUAUUUGAGCGAUUCUGAGGAACUAGAUGUGAAGGCAGGAGGUGGUUGCAUUAUGACGAUAGGGAAUAUGUUAGAACACUGGUUAACUAAACUAGAUUGGUUCUCUACCCUAUUUCCACGUAUUCCUGUCCCGGUUCAAAGAAACUGGAAGAAAAAAUGAGACUUCGCAAAUGUCAGGCCCUUUUGGAAGUUGGUUCUGUUCAGGAAAAGGAAAGUAAGAGGCUCUCAGAUCGAAAUCGCGACGGUUCACAUCAUAAGUCAGGUGGGCACUCUCACAGACAUGAAAAAACAUAGGUAUAUAACUUUGUGACUCAACAGUGAGACAAGUAUUGGGAAGUUAACUGUUAGCGAAACAAUUUGGGAAAAGCUGAAUCCGUAACCCACCAUUACCAAGUUACUUCAGUGGGAGAUGGGGUUAGUCGAAUUAAUAUCAAUGUUUUAGUAACAUUUUCCUCCAUGAAAUCUGCACAGUAGAAUAUAGUAGUUACCUUGGUAUUUUACUCUUAAACUGUGAAACUUAGUUGUCAUUGCCGUUUGAAAUCGAAAUAUGUAUUUAACUUUAAUUCCAAAAGUUUCAUACAUUCUUUAACUAAUAAUUUUGUGCAGCCCGAAUGAACGGGUUAAGAUAUUACUUCGUUCCAGGGCAAAGUUACUGAGUGCUUACUGGGAUCAAGAUUUUGUUAUCUACGAAGUAAACAUAAUUGCUUGUUUUACUUGAGGGAACUAGUAUGUGUCAUGUGUGGAGCAAUUUAUUUUCGUGUACGCAUUUCUGCUUAUUCAAAGUGUUAAUUUUCGUCUUCAGGUCUGAUCGUGAUAAACGCGGACAUCAUUCUCGACGGUCUAGAUCUAGAUCACGUGAACGUCGUCAUUCGAAAACCCCAACCGAACGAGAAAGUUCAUUUGAACGAGAUUUAAAGCGUGCACGAGAGAGACAAGAACGUGAUCGACGUAGAAGUCGAAGUUAGAUUAACUGAUUCUUAAUUAUGUGUAUUUAAUGUCCUCAUUUGUAUUUAAUUGAUUGAUAAAAUUCCUUACUUUUGUUUUCA